AUGGAUAAUUUAAAAAUGGAAAAGUUAGAUGUUGGCCGGGGAGGUGCGUUUGAUUUCUCGAAUUGUGCACGUAAUAUGGCGUUAUCAGAAAUGGGUGUUAAAAUGCCGACGUUGCGUAGUACUGGUACGACGAUUGUUGCUGCUUCAUACAAGGAUGGAUUGGUAAUGGGUGCAGAUUCAAGAGCAACAGCAGGCAAUAUAAUAGCGGAUAAGCAUUGUAUGAAAGUGCAUAAAAUAACCGAGUCAAUGUUUGCUUGUGGUGCUGGAACGGCCGCUGACCUCGACCAGGUGACAAAAAUGUUGUCUGCACAGUUACGUUUAGUCGAGUUGAAUACCGGUAAGAAGGCACGUGUUGUAACGGCAAUGCGUAAGGCAAAGCAGCAUUUAUUCCAGUAUAUGGGAUACAUUGGUGCUUAUUUACUCAUCGGUGGCGUCGAUAACUCUGGUCCACAUUUAUACGAGUGUUCAGCGAAUGGCACAACAAUGAGCAAACCGUACGCAUCGAUGGGCUCAGGAAGUUAUGCAGCAAUAUCGGUUUUGGAACGAGACUUCAAAUUUGGAAUGACCGAAGAAGAAGCUUGUGAAUUGGUGCAACGAGCCUUACAAGCAGGUAUGCACGGAGAUAAUGCAUCCGGUAAUUCGCUGAACUUUGUGAUUAUCAAUCGAGAUACGACUGUAUUCAAGGGACCGGUAGUACCAGAUUUUUGUGUUCGACCAGAGCCAAUUGACUUGGAUUAUAAGUUCAAACAAGGUUCAACGAAAGUGCUGAAGCAAAAAGAGAUCAAAUAUGACAUAAUCGAAAGUAUGGAUAUAUCACAUUAG